AUGACAGAAGGUGAAAUGACAGAGAGCACUAUGACAAAGGGCGUAAAGACAGACAGCACUAUGACAAAGGGCGUAAAGACAGAAAGAACUAUGACAAAGGGCGUAAAGACAGAAAGAACUAUGACAAAGGACGUUAAGACAGAAAGAACUAUGACAAAGGACUUUAAGAGAGACAGCACUAUGACAAAAGGCGUAAAGACAGACAGCACUAUGACAAAGGACGUUAAGAAAGACAGCACCAUGACAAAAGACGUAAAGAGAGACAGCACUAUGACAAAGGACGUUAAGACAGACAACACUAUGACAAAAGGCGUAAAGGCAGACAGCACUAUGAUAAAGGGCGUAAAGACAGACAGCAGUAUGACAAAGGGCGUAAAGACAGAAAAAACUAUGACAAAGGGCGUAAAGACACAGCACUAUGACAAAGGGCGUAAAGAAAGACAACACUAUGACAAAGGGCGUAAACACAGACAGCACUAUAACAAAAGGCGUAAAGACAGACAGCACUAUGAAAAAGGAUGUCAAGACAGACAACACUAUGACAAAGGACGUAAAGGCAGACAGCACUAUGACAAAGGACGUAAAGACAGACAGCACUAUGACAAAGGACGUUAA